ACAGAGGCACACGGCACACAAUUUAACAUUGUGUAGCCAGUGGGAUUGCAAUCACGCGCCGGAAUUGCGCCGGACUUGUGCCCAGCACGCUCCUCGAUCGGUCGAAGCGGGAGAACCAGAAGCAAGGAGAGACAGAGAGAAAAGAAACUACGAGGAAGAGGGAGGGGGGUCGCGGAAUCACGAUAAGAAGAUCCAGCACGAGCAUGGAAGCUGCGGCUGCGAUGGAAGGAGCUGCAGUGAGCUGCACCUUACAGGCGGAACGAAGACGAGUUCUCUAUUUUGCCCUGAGGCAAGGAGAGGAGGACGUCAGUCGAGAUCCUAGUCCUUCCGUAUGAACGCUCGUGGAAAUACGCGCCAAUGAGCGACAGAGAGGGGCAGGGAGAGAGAGCGAGAGGAGCGAAAGAUAGAUGGAUAGAAAGAGAAAGAGAGAAGGAGAACGACGAUUACGAGCCGCGCAUACCAUGGCACGACCACUCGUCGACGAUCAGCCGAGGUAGAGAGCAUCGACUCCGCGCCGCGGCUAGGUGCAACAAGGACGCAGGAACGGUGACGAUGGCUUGGUGUGGGCGCGUGUCUGGCAGCUGCCGCUUACAGGUGGUGUGCUUGCUUGGGAACCAACCUCUACGGACCGUUCCCACGGAAGGCCUGUCCCCCACUAUGCGGUCCCAUACCCGUCUCCUCGUCCCGUCCACACGGGGGCCCAUGCCUAUAUAAGUCGAAGCCUCGCCCGAUCGCGGCUACAAUCACGCUCUGUUCGUGUUCACUCGAAGGUCGAGCUGGAGACCGACGUGUUGUCCAGAUACACGCACGUUUCCUUCCGCCAACCGCAGUGACUCGCAAUCGUAGCAACGAUUAAGAGUUCGACGAACCGGUGUGAUAUAGUACGAGGAGGUCGCGUUCGCGAUAAGCCGAUACGCACGGUUAUCGAGUGAAGUUUUGACUGUGCCGCAAGAAUCUGCCGCAAAAGGAUUAACCAUGCAGAUGCACGAGCAGAUCAUUAUAGCCGAUGGGCAGGAGCAGCCGAUCUCCAGGACGUACCAGUAUCGAAAGGUGAUGAAGCCGAUGCUGGAGCGCAAACGCCGAGCGCGCAUCAAUCGUUGCUUGGACGAGCUGAAGGAUCUGAUGGUGACCGCGCUGGCCGGCGACGGCGAGAACGUGGCGAAACUGGAGAAGGCAGACAUCCUGGAGUUAACGGUGCGUCACCUGCACAAGCUCCAGCGUCAACAGCGUCUCUCCGCAAACCCGGUGAUCGACGCCGAUCGCUUCCGCGCCGGCUACACGCACUGUGCGAACGAGGUCAGCCGCUGCUUAGCCGCCACUCCUGGCGUCGACGUCGCCCUCGGCACCAAACUGAUGACGCAUCUCGGACACAAGCUUAACUCCAUGGACAAGACCGGCCCGUUGACCAUCCACGUGACCGCGCCACAAUCCUCGCCGUCACCCACCAGCGAGCUCAGCGCCGACGAGUACCCGAUGCCGCUGACGCCGGCGUCCAGCCAGCCAUCCCCGGUGCGAACCGAUAUCGACGCCGUCUCCCAGAGCCACCAGGGUCUUCUGCAGGUGGCCAAGCCGAACGAGCCCAUCUGGCGGCCCUGGUAAAACCCCCGGCACGGCCCUGGCACGACAAACUCGCCGAAGUUUCUGAGUAAACCGGCGAGAAAAAAAGAGAUCUCGAAUCCAUAGGAUUCACGAACUAUCGACGCCGGUGUUGCAAUCUCGUCUGUGAUCUGAAUGGAACGGACGUCGCGAAGAGGAAGAGCGAAGAAGAAAAGUCUACCCCGUGCGACACAAAGAUCACCUAGAUUUAAGGGGAGUUCCAUUUGCUCAAAGGCACUCGGACCGACGCGGACGAUAUCGAGACGAAUGUCAUGCCUCCCAUGACGUUCCGCCACCAGCAACUUCGAUAACGUUCCGCGGGAGUCGGAUAGCACUGGGAUCUCGAUACGUAAUUUUAUUCGCGGCCGCGCGCGGCUGAAGCUUUAAUUUACUCAACAGUUAGAUGUUUUCUAUUGUUUAUUUCAUACUUUUAUCGAGGAUGUUUUUUUCUUUUUAUAUUCACCGAUGUAACGUAGUUGUAUAAGUCUUUCCACCGAUCAAGAACAUCGAAUGUGGGACAACGACGACGGACAGCCUCACGAGAGGUGGCAAUUUCGGUGAUUCCGCGAAGCGCGCGUCCGUGUCGCAUCGCGUGACGCAAAUAUAUAUAUAUAUAAUAUACAUAUAUAUAUAAAUGACCGAGCGGAGAAUCUUGUGAUAGAGAAACGUGUACCUGUGAUAUUUACUGUAGUAGGCGUAGAGAAUGAUAGUAGAUUUUUAAUAAACAUGUUUCAUAUCAGAAAUACGUAUUCACGUGAUUUCGUGCAGCCCACCCGAUAAUAUAGAUUAAGAUUUAAGUCUCUAGCAAUAAUAUAAGUAAUAUAAAAUUGUCUGCUCUUCUCUUUUGAAUAGCGUGUGUACUUUCUACUAAU